CCCGGUCCCGGUCCCGGUGCCGCCUGGCCGCCUCCGACCUCACCCCACCUCACCCGCCUGAGGCAGCGGCUCCCCUCAGCUGCCGGGCCGCUCUCCCGGCCCCGUACGUUUGCAAGCCAUCCUUGAAUCUCUCUGCUGCCGAAGAGAGCAAGCUGUGUUCAAAAGAGCUUCUGCCAUGAUAUGAGGUUUCUAGUAUGUACUUGUAACUGAUAUAGUAAUCUGGACUUUGCACAGGAGGGGGAAAGCCUGACAUUCCUGAAAAUGGCAGCUCAGACAUCCAUGGAAGUUCCAAAAACUGGUAGACAGUUCGUCCUUAAAGAAGAGGUAAUUGCAGAAAGAAAAUGGUUGAAGCUUGAAGAAACAACUUACACUGAUCCCUUUGGUAAACCCAGAACUUGGGAAAGUGUAAAGCGUACUGGCAACAAGAAGGGUGUUUCAGCUGAUGGUGUAGCAGUGAUAGCGGUACUACAGAGAACUCUCCACUACGACUGCGUUGUCCUAGUGAAACAGUUCAGACCUCCAAUUAACGGCUACUGCUUGGAAUUUCCUGCAGGCCUUAUUGAGGAAAAUGAGACUGCAGAAAGCGCUGCAUUGCGAGAGCUGGAGGAAGAAACCGGGUACAAGGGGGAAGUCGUUGAAUGUACUCCAGCUCUGUGCUUGGACCCAGGUUUGUCAAACAGCACGACACACAUCGUGAGCGUCACCAUUAAUGGAGAUGAUGCUGAGAAUACAAGACCUAAGCAAAAACUUGAUGAUGGAGAAUUUGUGGAAGUUAUUUCACUUCCAAAGAACGACCUGCUGCAAAGAAUUGAUGAACUCAUAGCAGAAGAACGGGUUGCAGUGGAUGCCAGGGUUUACACUUAUGCGUUGGCCCUGAAGCGUGCAGCAGAAAAACCGCUCCAAGUUCCUUUUAUGAAGUUCUAAAACUAGACGAUGAGAAAUUUAGUUGAAAACUGACCAAUUCAGAUGGCUUAGAAGUAUAACUCUUCUUGUAAUAAAUGUCCUCUGCUUUACUUGUAGAGCAAAAAAACAAGUAUUUGUAGGAAUGAUUUUGAUCUUUUUAUCUGGAAUGAUGUAACUGACAAAAAGCAUUUCUUCUGACUGCUCAGUCUAUCAAGCCUUGACAGAAUAAUCAUAAUAAAAAGGUUGCUUAAUUUUCAGAAUGGCUCAUUUCUCACUAUAUUCGGCAUUGCGCUUACCUUUCAGUACAAGGAAGAUCCUUCAACAGCGGUAGUUGGUGGUGUAGCAGCGCCUCUUCAAGCCGAGGCCAGCAGGAAGAACGUGCUUCUCAUCCACAAGCAGCAGCAUUUCAACAACUGCAGGAAAUUUUCUAUGGUAGGAGCAGCAAGAGCUGCAGAGGGACACAGUGUGUGUGUGCCCGGGCUGCAGGGUUUGGAAUGGCAGUGUCAGCAGCUUCCUUUUAUGAUUUAGACCUGAAGAUGUUGCUUCCUUCUCCCAGCCCCAACUAAACUAUCCAGAAAGAGAAAAUUGGUUUGUUCAAGCUAAGAAAACUAUGACUCUGACAACAACGAUGACAGUAACGACAAACCCUCUGCUGGUGCACACCAGAAGGGUGUGGGAUGCAGCAGGGGAUUGCGUUUAAGGUACAGGGUUACCUCUGCCUCUCCGUCCGACACAUCCAGUUCCCGGCGGCACCCUGGUCUCAUGACAUCCAGGUUCAUCUUUUGCCAAACAAACCUUCAGCGAAUCUGCGCACAGUGGACCUCUUCUAAUAACAUAAACACCCACCACUGCUUAAAGGUUAGGAUCUAAGAGUUGCAAUAAACAUAUACUAAUAUCAAAGUCUUGCUCGGGAAUAAAUCUGGAUGAAUUAGGAAAACUUUCCUAACUUAGAAAUGAAGCAGGAAACUUGCUUAAGAUUUUCUUGCCUUCACCAACGACACAAAGUUACUUUCAAGUUAAGCACGAGAGAAGACAGAAGAGAUCAAGAUGUGAAAGCAAAGGGAAACAGUUAUUGAUCACAUCUGAGCAGAAAAACUCAAUGAUUUUAAGGGGAGGAACCCUGAAAUUUGUUCUUU